AAGUGCUUCCUGGCAUCCGGGUUGUAGUGUUACUGAUCAAAAAGCAGCUACUCAAUUUUUUUUCUGCCAUGAUGGACUUUUAUUUUGUAAGGAAGAAGAAUUAGAAACGCCAUUAGAGGGUUACAAAUUUAAAAUGGUACUUUUUGGGGCAUCAGUAAAAUGAGGUAGAACAAUUGCAUAAUGAAAGCCUUCUCUUGGAGCUCCUUAGAAUGUUUAUUUCUGAAAAGUUUCAGUUUUAACCCUGUAAGAUCUCUUCAUAUUGCACUGAUAUGAACUUGGGAUGCAUUGUUUCCAUUUUGUAUAAUCAGUAGGAAGUAACUGGAAAAUUAGAAAGGGGAAAUAACCGUUCCUUUAAUAAUUUUGUUAGCAUUUUGUUCUGUACUAGAAGAAACCAGAAAUCCCUGCAUUAUUGUGAAAUAGGGAUUUUCUUGCCAAUAAUUAAGCAGGAGAAACGGUUUACAUUGGAAAAUAAGUGGUGAAGCCAAACAAUGUUAGUAACCAUCUCUCAGAUUCUCAAGGGAUUGAAUAUUUCUGAAUAUUGACAUGAAAGCUCCAAGCUUCAAUUUUGCAAGCAGGCUGUUCUUAUCUAAAGCACAGACAUUUUGGUAAACUUCACUGUUGUCUUUAUUGCUUUAAUUUAGAUUGCCAUAGAGAAACUUCUGUCACACUGACCUUUUCAGUAAACUAACAAGCCUGCAAUAAAACAAAGUUAACUGUUUCCUACUAUUAACAUGAGGAAGAUAAGCUUAUACUGUUGUGUGACUUAAGCUGGUUCUUCUUGCCCAGUUGCCUUGAUAUCUUUGCAGGUGACUUGUUAGAAUAUAUGUUUUCAAAAGGCCCCCAAAUUGUAAGAAAACGAUUUUGCUGUUGUGAGUCAAAAGACAUGUCCAUAGGCUUGUUAGUCUCUUUCCAGCGGUUAUUAGUAUGGAGUUGAUACCUUCUAAUACAACUUCCUCUCCAUGACCAAUAACUGUACUUCCAAUCUUAUCCUCAUUGCUGCUUUGUCCAGCCCUUUUCUGAAAGAAUGGUGGCUGUGUCCCUUGAACUUUUAUGUAUUCUUUGCUUUAAAAAGAAAGUGUUUGGUCCAAAUUUAGGCUAGAAUCAUUAUUGUAUGAGACAAGGGGUUCUGCGUUCAUUUAGGUAUGUGGUUGAUGACUCAUUAAAUUCUUGAGGAUUUUCAUUGUGGGGCAGUGGUGGUGGGGAGAAUAAAGCAGGAUUUAUAGUUAUAGUUAUAUAAUUGUAAGUCCGCCUCCCCAUAAGUAGCAGAAGCCGAAUGAAUCAUGAAAAUAUGUGGCCAAGAUCUAGAGCCAUCUUUGGUGUGCAUGUAGGUUCCUGUUUGCUCCUCGUGGCAUGUUUUUCCUUUGAGCAAGCCUCUGCACCUUAUCACAAACUGCUUUUGAACGUGGCCUCAUUUUCCAAAGCAGCUUGCCAUCAAAUAGGAGGUUCUGUUGGCUGAGAAACAUGAGCAAGAAGGCCUGGGUACUGCAAGUUGUUCUCUGCAGUGAAUUUUGGUCAUCCACAUUCGCUUAAAUAAAAAACAUGCUUGUAGAAGCCAAAACAACCCUCUUGACCCUGUUUGAGGCUUCAGAGGGAAAAAAGGGGAAAUAACAGCAACAAACAGAACCGGAGCAGGGUGUGGAACUAGAUGGGGUCUGCUCAUGAAAGACACUGGACUGAAGGACCAGGGUAAAGAACACCCCUCCGUGAGGCCAGAUGUCUGCUGGGAGCACCAUGGGGUCUUCUAUGAAAGCUCCAGCCACCCUGGUUUAUUCUCAUGGUGGCUUCAGUGUCUUGUGUCUACCUGCCCAGUGUCCUUUUGUGCGGAAUUGACAUUAUUCCAGCACAGAUAUUUGCUGCUCUGUUAAUUUAUUUAAUAUAUCAAGUAAUUUUAAAGAUGCUUAGGCUGUCCAUCAGUGAAAUGAUCAUGGCAAUGUACAGUUAUAAAAAGGAACAAGCAAAAGAAUGAAAGAUAAAAUUGCGCAUUAAAAAACAGGACAGACUAGCAAUUUAAAAAUUCAGCGCAAAACUUUAUUCCCCAGAUGUUGUAGGCAAAAAGGUAUGGAUUACAUAAUAGCAAUCUCACGAAUUUAUGACUAAAAUGAAUUAGAACCUGGAUCCUUUUUAGGGAUCUCUUUUUGGAGACAAGCUAGCAAGGAGCCUUGUGUGAGAACAAAACCACAAAAUCUGUAUAAUAUCACUAGCAACAUUCUAAUGGAAACAUUUGUUAUUGCAUGCAAAUGAUUUUGUCGAAAUUUUGAAGAAAAAAACACUCAUUUCCUGCUAGUCUUCUUUUGAAGGAGGAAAUCAACAUAAAUUUGUUUUUUAGAUAAUGCUUGAAAUAGCAUGUGUAUGUAUGGUGGGAAUAAAUGACUCUUCCCAGUUCUCAGCCACAUGGUAUCCUAAUCCCUGGGAGUUAGCCAUCCUUUUUAACAUAACUGGGCUGCUCAGUAUUUCUGUAAGUCCUCAGCUACUUGAGCCAUGGUAUUUGACUCCAUUUUGUUGUGUAGACUUUAGUGCUGUCGUAAGAGCAAUAGAGAUUAUUCAGAUGUUUAGAAAGGUGAUUGGUGCAACCUGCACAAAUCUCAUCACACACGUUUUAGGAAAAGGUCUCAUGUCAAAAUCUCCCUGAUGUACCAGAGAGCCUUUAGAAGCCAAGUCAAAGGCAGAAGGGCCCUACCUGAUCUCUAAAAUGGGUUCUGAAACCAAACUAAAGGCUUUUCCCUGCAAGGCGUUUUUGUACAUUUGUGAUUUGUUGUGCGCUUGUGAAACAUUUCUGUGCAUUCUUGCUGAUGAAACUGAAGCUGUUGUACUUCUGGCGUAUCACAAGAAGGCAGCUCCUUGGAGAAGACCAUCAUGCUAGGGAAAAUCAAUGGCAGAAGAAGAGGAGGAAGACUGACUAUGCAAAGAACUUAUACAAUAAAGGAAACCACAGCCUUGACUUCACAAGCUGAACUGGGCUGUUAAGGACAGGACAUUUGGGAAGGAACUCAGUCAGAGAUGACUUGACAGCAGGGGACAACAAGAACAACAGCAUGAUCUCACAAAAGCCUGCCUGCUCUUUCCACAACAUUGGCAUCCUUCCAGGGCCUCUCCUGUAUUUUCCAGCUAUUUUUCCAGCUUUUUAAAGAGCAAGGAUAAUGCAGCACUUUUCAUGAUGAUGCCAUUAUUCACUAGGAAAGCCUUGUAUAAAAUCUAACUUCUGCUCUAUGCCACAGUUCAAACGUGUUGUGUAAUGGAGCAUAUAGAAAGAGAGAAAAACUCCAAAAUAAAAAAGAAACUUAAUUUCAGAGGACAUUCUUCAUCACAGGAAGAAAACAGAAGAGAAAGCAUUGAUAAAGCACCAGAUUAAAUGCAUCCUAUAGAGAAGCACUAAUUCUCUUUCAUUUUGUGGCUGUUUGAGAGUUUAAAGCAGGCUUCUACCUGUUUACCUGAAAAAUGAGAGACUUUACAAAAGCAUUUUUCCAUGGCUAAAAUAGAAUGGAUCCCUUCAACUUUGGCGAUCCCAUCAGUUAUGCAGAGAUAGUGAAAACACAUGGAAAUCAAGACUUCAGAAAUGGAAAUUAUUCUCUAGCCAUCAAAAAGUAUGAUGAAGCAAUGCGUGCUCUGUUAUUUUCAUACCAAACAAGUGGGGUUUCUCACCACCGAGACAUGGCUGUUUUAAUGUGCAAUCGAUCAAAUGCCUUUUACAACUUACAUAAGUGGAAAGAAGCCUUUUAUUCGGCAUGUGACAGCCUCAACUGGGAUCCAACUUACGUUAAGGGGUACUACAGAGCCGGCUAUUCACUGAUUAAAUGGUCACAAAAUAGUGACAAGGUUAGCUCUUGUGACGAGGCAGCUGGAAUGUUCUGUGAAGGGUUGAAAGUCCUCGGUAUGUCAUCAGAUGUGGGUCAAGUUUCGGAUUUUAUUGUUGGUGUCUUUUCAUGUGUUAACAAUGAAAAGACAAUUAGCCUACAGUUUGUAUCCAUCUGUAAACAACUUGUGAAUGAUUAUUACAGUUUAUCAGUUUGGCAACAGGUGAUUGAAAAGCUGGCCAGGAAAGGAUUCUGGCAGUCAUGCCUACUGUUGUCUUCUGAGAAGAACAGGUUGCCAAAGAAACUGAGAGUAACUAAUGUAUCACUGAAAGAUCUGUUUGAGAAAUAUGUUCUUUUUGGUCAAUAUGAAAAGAUGGAAAGGAUACCCAAGCUAGUGGAAUGGCUGAUAUCCAUCGGAGCCGACAUAAGAAGUAUUGGAGCCUAUCCCCUUCAUGCUGUUAUUAUCCUUUGUAUUAAAGCAAAAGGAAGCUACCUUUUCAGGUGGUUACUUGUUCAUAAGCCUGAACUGAAGGAUCUUAUCAACCAACAAAAUGAAGAUGGGUCAACCGUUCUCCAUGUUGUAGCGUCCCACUCCAAUGGAUAUUCUAUAAAAAAUCAGAUAGAAGAUGUGGUGAUGCUUCUGAAAGCUGGGGUGAAUCCACAGAUCUGUGAUGCACAGUCAAGGUCUGCUGUGGAUAUCUUAAAAAGACACAAGAAGUUCAAGGCUGUGGAUAUAAUCAGCAAGCACAUAAGCCAACAUGUGCCAUCUCCAGAGGAGUCCCCAGGGCAGACUGAGAACAAAACUCCUGAAGAUGCUGCUGCUUUGCUUCAGAAUGCUUUUGAGCAGUUCUCACAGUUUUGCUGCAUGGAAAAUAGAGCACGUAGCAUCAAAUCUUUGACACAUAAAAGCAUAAAGGAGCUUCUCAGGCUGCUGCAUACAGUAAAAGAAAUUCCCAGCGAAAUUGCCUGUGAUGUUCCUCCUGCCUGUGCCAGCAGCUUCAUAAAGCUACUGCUGGAGAAAAAAAUGUGGCAUGAAGUUCUGCUGCUGCUGACCCAAACAGCCACUGGGGAGAUGCCACCAGGAGACAGGCUUCUUCCAAACUGCGAUCUCUCCGACCUUGACAUCGGCACUGUCUUGAACCAUCUAGAUAGAGAGAAUGAAUUCCGAGAGCAGCUCAUAAAAUCCUUGAUAGACCGAGGAGCGUCGCCUGAGGGAACCGGAACGAGCUCUGGGCAUCCACUUCAGAAAUGCUUAAAAAAGAAUGACUUCACACUGGCCUGUUUGCUGCUGAAGUCCGGGGCUGAUCCGCGUUUUCUAUCUAUUACGGACGGUGAUACUCCUCUGCAUGCUGCACUGUGCAUUUGUUCUGAUAAGAAAGAUGGCAAGGGAAUUGAUAUCCUGAAAUACCUUCUAGAUUUGUAUGUUUCAUCCCCAUCCAUUUAUCCAUAUCUUCAUCCCAAUCACCAAGACAAGAAUGGAAAUACAGUAAUGCACAUUAUUUUUCAGAAAAAUCCAACCAAGGAAAUCAAGAAAGUGUUAGGCUUACUAGCCAAGUUUGACAUUAACUUUAAUAUAAGAAAUAAUGCUGGUAGAGAUGUGCGUCACAAAAAAAAGAAGAAUGAACCAAUUGUUUUAGCUUGGAAUGAAGCUCUGGCUGACAACAAGAAGAAAUAUCGACAUGAUCCAGCAGGACAGCCACCUAAACUGUCCAAGUUGAUUACAGCUUGCAACAAGUUGCAACCAACAAAUUCAAGCCAUGAUUCAACUGAACAUUCAUCUCAAAGCUCAAAUGGAGACCAAGCAAUAGGUAAUUCUCCAGAAGUAAGCACUGAUUCUGAUAAGCAGGAAGAAGCUGGAGAUGCUGAAGAAAAAGAUUCAGCAUUUAGGUGUUUAGAUAAGCCAUUAACUCUUCAAGAUGGUCUUGUACAAGGAAUUGCACAAUUAAUCCAGAAACUUGUAUUGGGUGAAGUCUCACCAAAAAUGAAUUCGGUAACAUCUGAGGCCGCAAAACCACUGUCUACAGUGUCUGACUCUGCAGAUAAAGAGAAUGAAUGCCAACAGACUUGCGGCCAUGAAGAGUUGGCUUAUGAUGGUAAAGAGGAUCCUUUCCCAGACAAAGAUGAUCCUAAGAAGAAUAAGGCCCAUGAUGAGGCCAAGGGAGGAGAAGAAGCUGCUGCUGCUGAAGGUGAUGAGCCAUUUCAGGAAUUUGAGGUGCCUGGUCAGGACUUUGAUAAUAUGACAUGGGAAAUUGAGUGCACAUCUGAAACACUGAAGAAGUUGGGAAGCAAAAGCAUCUGUCGCUAUAUGAAGAAUAAGGUAAUACGCAUCAUUCAACAGCUGGGGAAUGGAGAAUGGACCAAGGGGCUACAAAAGCAGCUGAAACACUUGAAAGGGGACAUUCAGCUCUAUGAAGCCAAGUUAGACAAAGGAGCAAGGAUGCUGUGGGAGCUUGCAAUAGACUUUUCUCCUCGUUGCAGUGAAAAUGCAGAAAAGAUAAUAGAGAAUGACCAGUCUACUCAUCCAAUGGAAAAGACUGGAAGAGUUUACACAGAAAUUAUUCGGAUAUGGGACAUUGUACUGGAUCAUGGCAAACUCAACCGGACCAUUGAAACGAUAUGUACUGCAUACAAUCGAGGGCUUUCUUGCAUCUUGAGAAAAAAACUGAAAGGUAUAAAUGGUGGCCUGAUGUCUUCCAACUUGAAAACUCAAAAGCGCAUUCCUCGCAUUUAUGUCGAAGACACCAAGGCACAAAAAUCAGAAGAUGCUGUCCUGCCUGAAUACUUUCCCCCAGCAAGUGCAGUAGAGACUGAAUACAAUAUAAUGAAAUUUCACAGCUUCAGUACAAACAUGGCCCUUAACAUCAUAAGUGACAUGUCAUCCACUGUGGAGUACCCCUUCAGAGUGGGUGAGUUGGAGUAUGCUAUCAUUGGCUUGAAUCCCAAGCCAUUGGAGCCUAUAAUCUUAAUUGGAAGAAGUGGGACAGGAAAGACUACAUGCUGCUUGUACCGGCUUUGGAAGAACUUUCACAGUUACUGGGAGAAAGCAGAGUUGGCAGAAUGUCCAUUGCUGGUCAGGCAAGUAUGGCACAGAUUAAAAUUCGAUAUGCAGUUGAGAAACAAGAGCAUUCAGGAAGAAGUUCAUGAAGAAAAACAAGAUAGCUAUGCCUCCAUUGAUUCAGAACUGGAUUCUUCUUUAAGUACAGAUAAUGAACAUGAAGAAGAGGAAGCUCCACAGUGUUCCUCAAAUUUGGGGGAUUCAGAAAUGAACUUAGUACAUGACAGUGAUGAGGAAUAUACAGUGGAAGAAUCUGACAAACUGGAUCACUUGCACCAAAUAUUUAUUACUAAAAACUAUGUUCUGUGCCAAGAAGUCCAGAGGAACUUCACUGAGCUUAGUAAAUCUUCCAAGGCUACCAGUCACUUCAAACCACUGGAAGCAAAUGUUUACAAACUUCAGGAUGUUAAAGAUGAAAACUUUCCUCUCUUCCUCACAUCCAAACAGUUGCUGCUCUUACUGGAUGCCUCUAUGCCUGAGCCAUUUUUUCUUCGGAAUGAAGAUGGAAGUCUUAAGCAUACCAUUGAUGGAUGGUCCACUGCAGAAGAAAUGGUCAUCUCAAAUUGGCAAGAGGAAGAGGAGGAUCUUGAUGUAGAAGCAGAUCAUGAUGAGGAUGAAAAAGCUACAGAAGGUCAUACAAGAGAGUGUGAUCCUCGAGUCUUUGUGACUUACAAUGUAUUUGUCAAUGAAAUCUGGCCAAAGAUGGUAAAAGGCAAAUGUCCCUACAGUCCAGCUUUGGUUUGGAAAGAAAUAAAAUCUUUCCUGAAAGGGUCAUUUGAAGCACUGAGCAGCCAUCAAGGCAUACUUACAGAGGAAGAAUAUAAAAAGCUGGGCCGGAAGAGAUGCCCAAACUUCAAAGAAGAUCGUUCUGAAAUUUAUCAGCUCUUUUGUCAUUAUCAGCGAAUAAGAUCACAAGGGAAUUAUUUUGAUGAGGAAGAUGUUCUCCACAAGUUGUCUCAGCGGCUUUCAAAGCUCACUGAGCUACCAUGGUGCAUCCAUGAACUUUAUGGGGAUGAAAUUCAGGAUUUUACUCAGGCAGAGCUGGUGUUGCUGAUGAAAUGUAUCGAUGAUCCUAAUGCAAUGUUCCUGACUGGAGACACGGCACAGAGCAUCAUCAAAGGAGUCGCUUUUCGUUUCAGUGACUUGAGAUCACUUUUCUACUAUGCCAGUAAAAACUCAGAUGACAAUAAGAAACAGUGUACUGUUAGAAAACCGAAAAGGAUAUAUCAACUUUAUCAGAACUACAGAUCUCACUCAGGGAUUCUCCGCUUGGCCUCAGGAGUUGUUGAUUUGCUUCAGUAUUUUUUCCCAGAAUCUUUUGAUCGACUACCCAGGGACUCAGGCCUUUUUGAUGGGCCCAAGCCCACUGUGUUGGACUCUUGCAGUGUUAGUGAUCUGGCAAUCUUGCUGAGGGGUAACAAAAGAAAAACACAGCCAAUAGAAUUUGGCGCACAUCAGGUGAUACUCGUAGCAAAUGAAAUGGCAAAGGAAAAAAUUCCUGAGGAACUUAGUUUGGCUCUUGUGCUAACAAUUUAUGAAGCAAAAGGCUUGGAAUUUGAUGAUGUGCUCCUUUACAACUUUUUCACCGAUUCAGAGGCCUACAAAGAAUGGAAAAUAAUUUCUUCAUUUGUGCCUCCCUCUCAUUUACCUGAAGAAAAUGAACUGAUCAUUGAGACACCCUUUGAGAAAGAUGUGGAUCCUCCAGGAAAGCAUUCUACUCUAAACCCAGAAAUGUACAAGAUGCUUAAUGGAGAGCUAAAGCAACUGUAUACCGCUAUUACAAGAGCCAGAGUCAAUCUGUGGAUCUUUGAUGAAAACUGGGACAGGCGCGCACCUGCGUUUCAGUAUUUCAUGAACCAGGAAUACGUUCAGGUUGUCAAAACAGAUGAAAAUAAAGACUUGGAUGAUAGCAUGUUUGUUAAAACAUCAACUCCUGAAGAGUGGGUUGCACAAGGAGACUAUUAUGCUAAACACCAGUGUUGGAAGGUGGCUGCAAAAUGUUAUCAAAAAGGAGGAGCGACUGAAAAGGAAAAACUGGCCUUGGCAAAUGAUGCUGUGCUUAAAGUUAAAUCCAAGAAAAUCAGCCCCAAAGAGAAACAAAUGGAAUACCUGAACCUGGCGAAAACCUACCUGGAAUGUGGAGAACCAAAUUUGGCACUUAAAUGCCUGAUUCAUGCCAAAGAGUACAAGCUUUGUGCACAGCUUUGUGAAAAAGUAGGAAAGGUGAAGGAUGCUGCCCUUUUCUAUAAAAGAGGACAGUGCUACAUGGAUGCAGCCAGGUGUUUUGAACAGAUCCAGGAGUUUGUUCUGGCACUUCGAAUGUAUUGCCAGGAUGAAAAAUAUGAAGAGGCAGCAAUGACUGUCGAACGAAUCCAAAGGAGCAAGCAGCUGUCUCCCAGACUUGCAUACACAGCAAACCAGUUCUAUUUGGAAGCAGCAGCAAAGCAUUUGCGUGCAAACAAGAUCAGUGAAAUGAUGGCGGCGCUCUCUCACCUCGACACUGAAGACCAGCUUGUGUUCUUGAAAGCGCACAAGCACUUUUCUGAAGCAGCGGACCUUUUGAAGAGAGAGAACAGAGACGAGGAGGCUGCACAGCUGAUGAAACAGCAUGGGUUUGUGCUGGAAGCAGCAAAGCUUACUAACCAAAUGGAUUUCCGAGCAUCGUGCUUGCUUGCCGCAGCUCGCCUCAGCCGGGCUGGCUUUUAUCAACUGAAAAACUUAACAGCCAUCUUGGAAGAAGCUUUAGAAUUGAGUGAGCAAACAAAACAGAAGUCUGUCAAUGCAGAGGCAACAUAUUUGUUGGGUGUUUUAAAGAAAGACUUUCAUACAUUGGAAAAGGCCUUCUGGAUGUUUUUGGAAGUGAAUCACAAUGCUGGUGCUGUGGAAGCUGUCUUUGAGGCAACUCGCUGUGAAGAAAAAAGUGAAGCCAUCCUGAAAUUAGCAUCAUGUGGAAUUGACGUACUUCUGAAGCUUGUCAAAGCUUUCCGGAAGGCAGGCACAAAUGCUGAGAAAGAAAUGGUGAAGUCAUGCUUUGAAUACUUUGCGAUUGUGCAGGUAGAUGAGGAAUUUUGCCAGGUAUCCCAGAAAGAAGGUGGAUAUAUUCUAAAGUUUUCAAUGGAGAAUCCCAGUCCAAGAGAGAAGAAAACAAGUGACCAGUUCACUGUUAGCCUGGAAGAAAUGAAAACUGUACUGACAAAGCAUUUAUUGAGCAGGCUGAAUGCUAUUGCCCACCGUUUGAUUGAUCUGAGCUUCCCCAAUAUGUGCAUGAGAUUCAUUGCAGGUUUACAGUGCGAGGAUGAAACCUGUGAAGACUUCCACAGAGUUUUGUUAUUUCAUGAGAUAAAAUCUAUAUUUCAGUGUAAAAUGCACCUGGCUGCAAUAAACAAACUACUGUUAGAAGGCAAGCAGAUGUUCCCUAAAGAGAUGCUUCAUGAGCCCAAUGCUAUUGACACACUGUUGACUGCUGAUAAGUAUGCAUUGUGCAAAUCCCUUAUAAAUGCCAUCUUUCCUAAACACUUCCAUCUGAGAAUGGUGUCCAAAAGCCCAGCAUCAUGUAAACACACCUUGAGUCUUCACAGGCGUGACUGUCCAAUAUCCAGUUCUUGCAGGAUGGUGCUGAAGGAAUACAUCGAGUCUGAAUUUAAAAAUGAGACUGCCCAAAACAGAAGAGAAUCUACUGAUUUAUGGCUGAGGGCAAUGCAAAUCCUUGCCUUAACUUCUCAUUAUCCAGACGUGUUUGAGAGGUUUCUGCUCAGAGAAGAAGAUGCAUAUAACAGAGCGCUGAAGACACUGGAGGAAAGGGGGAGAGGAAGAUCUAAAGGUGUAGAGGGCAGAUACGGUAUGUUGGUACCUGACAAAUAUGCAGGGAAUGCUGAAAGCAGCCAUCUGUGUUUCAUUCGACUCCUGCAGGCAUCCAUGGACCAACUCUACGUUCACAGAAAUCCUGAGAAGUGUAGAUGGCUGUUUUAUCGUUUCAUGAAUGUCUUGGUGAAGAAAUGCAUCAGCCCUCUGAUUCCAAGCAUAGGGAACACUGUGACUUUGCUGGAGUUUCAGUUUAUCCUGGGCUGUGCUGUUCUCAUGCGCCUUUGCAGAAGCAUGACUCUUUGUCUUCCCAAGAGCUACAUUGCUCUCUUUCACUUCUGGGACUUUUUAUUUGCAAGGAAAGAGCGACACAGAGAAAUCUUUUCCAUUAUACAGGACUAUAAGCCGGAGGACACAAGAGAAGCCAUAUGGAAAUUUAAAUUUCAUCUGAAAUAUUUGGCUGAUGUUCUGUGUAAUUAUGAAGAUUUCAGUGUACUUCUGGAUGCUUUUCAGGACCCAGACUGCAUUGUGUCAGGAGAAGCUGAGCGUACUGUGGUGCUUUGCUUAGUGAUGUUAGUAAAUGCCGAUCAAGUGCUUAAUUGGAAAUAUAAAUCUAUUUUAGCUGAUCAUUUUCCUAUCAUCAAGGAAAGCCUUAUGGAAAUGAAGAAGACGUGUCCUUCCAAAGUGCCAGAAAGGUUGCUUCACAUUGUGGAUCUGAUGAGUGAGACCUCUGAUGUGAAAGAAGUUGUUGAAGGCCUCAAGGAGCUGCUGUUUAAACGAGAUGAAGAAUUUUUAGCUGACUGUUGUUGGAGGUGGGAUCCCAAAGCACCGUGGAGCACAAGACAUGAGGAGAACAAAGUUAUCAGAGGUAUUUAUUACAAAGUAGCAGACCUGGACAGAUUUGCAUAUACUGGUGGAGAGGUGGACUAUUUUGAAGAGCCAGAAACAGACUUGGAAAAGGACAUCUAUGUUGAAGAAAAGGAAGAUCCACUAGCCAAUAUAGCAUCAAUACGGCAGCAGAAGCAACAGCAAAAAGCUUCUGCCAAGCGGAAGUUGCAGCGCCUUUUCCAGUUUGUCUGCUAUCUUGUUAGAUGGAAAAGGAUUGCAUGUACAAAACCGGAGUCUUCAGAAAUGGCACCAGGAAUCUUUAAAAGAGCAGAUAUAGACCAGACACAGUGUGACCUCUGUGGAGUCAAAUUUCUCCCAAAUCCUUCAAACUUCAGUUCUCGGACAGAACCUGCAGAAACGACCGCACCAACUGAGACUGAUUGGGAAGACGGUGAAAUCUUUGCAACUGGAGAAACGUUUGAAAGUCAUGUCAACCUGGAUGAACAUAAAAAGAAAUCUGCCUCUUACCAAAAAUAUUCUGAGUUUUUCAAAAACAUGGUGGAACCAGUGAUACAUGAAGGGAUGAAUGUGAUAGAAAGGAUUAUGCAGAAUACCCACAUCAAAGGGCAUUUUGCAACCAAUGAACAGUCUUCUGUGGAACAAAGUAAAAUCCAAGAUGCUAUUCAGAAGAUUUCUGAUUCAGUAGAGGACAUCUACAAGAGGAAAGCCUGGGCAGAUGCUGAAGAGACCUUGUCCAAGUUGGCUAAAAAUUUGAAUUCUAAUUUAGACAAUGGUAUAAAAUGGCUGGAGAAAGCAGAAUCCUACCUACUAAAGGAGGAAGAAUUUGAUGAUGACAAAGACAUGGACAAUGAAGUGAAAGGUGAAGAAGUAACCUUUGAGGAACUGCAUCGCAAAAAGCCAUUGAGAAAGAAGAGGAAAUGUAAAAAAUGAAAUGUUAAGUGCUGUGAUCUAUACCUCCUUUGAUUUCAACAGUAUUUUAUUUACAGUUUUAAAACCUUACCAUUAAAGUCUAAAAAUACACACAAACAGAAAAUAGAAUGUGAAGUGUACCGGCAACAUUUUUUCUCCUACAGGAGUUUGCAUCGAAUACCAGCUGAUAAUCAUUGGAGUCUGAUUUUAAACAUACUCAGAGAAGCGGGAUUUUGGGUACAAUCAACUCAUCAACAGUGAAACAGUCCAGUAGAAGUCAUUUGGCAGAAAGCCCCAAGUCUUAUUUGGUAGGGAAAGGAUGCUUAGCCCCUUACAACCUCCCCCACCCCCUGUAUGCGCACAUUUUCCAGUGAAUACAGGAGUUAUUCUAAGGAAAACACUCCCCACUCUUCUCAAUGCCAGAUUGCAUCCUCCCUCUGGUACUCUGCUUUUUUGGCAGAGGUUCAGGAUUAUAGAUCUCCAUCACAUGUUGAAUUGCACCUUUAAAAAAACCAAUGCAUCAGUCACUGGUAGAGGAGGAUGAGGAAGAAUCUUCUCUACUUUCAGUUCUCAGCUUGAAAAAUAAAACAUCUUUACCUACCUGCUACAGUAGGAACAGCCACAGCAAGAAGUGGGAUUUUCAUGCUGAAUAAAAACAUAACAUUUUAAGGCAUUAAACAAGUGGAAAUGCCGCUGUGAAUUUGUGAGAACCAUGCUUGCCGUUUUACCUGGAGUCUCAGAAACAGGUUGGACUCAUCCAUGGUGCUUAUUUUUCUCAUUUGUUUUGAUAUUAAUUAAUUUUUACAUAUGUCUUAAAUUAUGUCUCUUCACAGUUACAUUGUUGUAUAUGUUUUAAGUGGAAAAUUUUUUACACAUUUCAGAUUCCAAAAAUAAAGUGUAACAUGGCAUUGUUUUAAAAAGAAAAUAAACCAUGGUGAUAUUAUAA